ACAAAUAAAAAUUUUCUAAAGCAAUAUCUCCGUCAAAGUACAAUAUCUAAAGAACGAAACUUCAAACCAACACUGUAAGCUGGAUUGCAGCAGAUCAAACGGUCUCAUCAUCGAUCGCCAACCUGACCUCCACCUUCCACUCUGCAAAUCACCUUACAAAACUACUACUCUCUCUAAGCUCGUUGUUAAAGAAUUCGUCUCCCCCGUUUAUUCAAAACGAAAUUUUCUGAUCUUAUCGGCUUAUUGAGUGUCGGUAUUGGCUUUCUGCAGAGAAAACAAUGGAGAGUUUUACACUAACGGAAUCACUGAAGCAGGUCGCUGGAGAAUUCCCUCACCGUCGCGCCGUCUCAGUUUCAGGUAAGUUUGAUAUAACCUAUUAUAAGCUCCAUGAAGUCAUUGAACUUGCAGCUUCUAGGCUUUUAUCUAAUGGGAUCGGUGCUGGCGAUGUCGUUGCACUCACUUUCCCUAAUACCAUCGAGUUUGUUAUAAUGUUUUUGGCUGUAAUACGAGCUCGAGCCACGGCUGCGCCAUUGAACCCUGCUUACACUACUGAAGAAUUCGAGUUUUACCUAUCCGACUCAGAGUCCAAGCUUUUGUUAACCUCAAUUGAAGGCAUCAGCUCAGCACAAGCCGCCGCUUCCAAGCUCAAAAUUCCUCACGCCACAGCUACCCUUCAUGAUGCGGAUUCUGAACUCGCCCUUUCCCUGUCUCAACAAGACUCAGACGUCAACUCGGUCAGCAAACUCACGAAUGAACCAUCCGACGUAGCACUCUUCCUCCACACUUCAGGCACCACAAGCCGCCCUAAAGGCGUUCCACUGACUCAGCUCAACUUGGCAUCCUCGGUUAAAAAUAUUAAAUCGGUUUAUAACCUCACCGACUCUGACUCAACCGUGUUAGUCCUCCCGUUAUUUCACGUCCACGGCUUGAUAGCCGGGUUGCUGAGCUCACUUGGAGCGGGUGCAGCCGUGACUCUCCCUUCCGCUGGCAGGUUCUCCGCCUCAACAUUUUGGCAAGACAUGAACAAAUACAAGGCCACGUGGUACACUGCCGUCCCUACGAUACACCAGAUCAUACUGGAUCGCCACUUGGGCAAUCCAGAACCCGUUUACCCGAAGCUCCGAUUCAUUAGGAGCUGCAGCGCUUCACUAGCACCGGCUAUACUGGCUCGGCUGGAGGAGGCGUUUGGGGCGCCAGUUUUGGAGGCUUAUGCCAUGACCGAGGCAACCCAUUUGAUGGCGUCCAACCCGUUACCAGAAAAUGGGCCGCAUAAGGCCGGGUCGGUGGGGAGACCCGUGGGUCAAGAGAUGGUGGUUUUGGAUGAAAAUGGUGUGCCGCAAGUGGCAAAUGUUAAUGGGGAAGUGUGUAUUAGAGGAUCAAAUGUGACUAAGGGCUAUAAAAAUAACCCUGAAGCUAAUAAAUCAGCUUUCCGAUUUGGGUGGUUCCACACUGGUGAUCUUGGAUAUUUUGAUCCGGACGGGUAUUUGCAUCUUGUGGGUCGGAUAAAGGAGCUCAUCAACCGUGGAGGUGAGAAAAUAUCGCCAAUAGAAGUAGAUGCAGUGCUUUUAUCUCAUCCAGAUGUUGCCCAAGUAGUUGCUUUUGGAGUCCCUGAUGACAAAUACGGGGAAGAGAUCAAUUGCGCGAUCGUUCCAAGAGAAGGAUCGAAUGUUGAUGAGGCGGAGGUGCAGAGAUUUUGCAAGAAGAACCUAGCAGCUUUCAAAGUCCCUAAGAAAGUUUUCUUCACCGACGCUCUCCCAAAGACUGCCAGCGGGAAAAUCCAGCGGAGAAUUGUAGCCGAGCACUUUCUUGCUCAAAUCUCGACGGCUAAGGUUCCCAAGUUUGGAGCCUAAAGCACACACCAUAUCUAUCUGCGCGCAGUUAUAUCUUGUGGGAAACGAGAGACCAGCUCCUUUGCUGUUACUAUUUUUUACUGUGUAAUUAUUCUCUUUGUAAUUCCAAGACAAAUAUUAAAAAUAACUUAAGAAACGGAGAGAGGAGAUUUAGUGGCA